ACAUAUCCUGCGGUCGGCAGUGGGUCGAGCGUCCAGUCGAGCCCCGGUUCGCGGUACUCCAGUAGUGCCCGUCAAAGGCGACCGUGUGUGUUUCGCUCUCGUAUCACCUCCUCCGAGAGACGAGAUCUCCUUUACCGAUUCCAUAGCCGCCGGCGUCUCGGUAUAUACCGCUAAAGGAAAGCGAGAUCACCUCCACCAGGCAUGCUGUCGACACGCCACAUCCUGCCGGCCGCGGCCGCCAUCCUCGUCAUCUUCGUCUGCUGGUCGCGAGCACAGGAAGCCGCAGAAACUCCGUUCAGGCCCUUCAUCAACUGCACUUUGAAGAAGGGUGACCCUGGUGAACACGCGUUGGCCCGCCUAGAAGGAUGCGCAACAGAGGAUGUGUGCCCGCUCUACAGGAACACAUCGGCCAAGCUUGAGAUGCAGUUCCGCGUGAACAACAACACCCGGGGCGUGUACCGGCGCAUCUACGGCCUCUUCGAGAAGGUGAUGGUGCCGUACGGCCGCGAGACCAGCAUCUGCGACUCGACGGCGUCCAUCGACGACGACGUCAAGUGCUCCCAGGGAGACCGGGGACUGCGAGAGGGACACACGUACCAGCACACGGGGGCAUUCUUCGUCAAGCCGUUCUUCCCAAAGGUCAAGGUCGAUGUCGCCGUGUACGUUUACGACAAAGAAGGCACGAACAAGUACCCCAUCGCCUGCGUCAUGAUCCCCGUCCAGAUUCUGGACAAGGAGUCGUGAGCAGGUCGUCGCCCUCGACCACCUGGUGCAGUUGCCGAAGACUCCUGGAGCGGAGCCCUGUUACGCCAAAAAUAAAUAAUUUAACAAACCCAG